GUCUUGGCUAUCCUGCUGCUGCCGCUCGUUAUUGCUGCAACACGCCGCCACUCACGACGCUAAUCAUGCAGCUAGUGCACGCCUACCCCCUUAAUCCCUGCGCAGGCCCCGGUCGCCCCCGAGGCAGGUGCGCGUGCGGGCGGUGCGGGUGCGGCGCCAGGAGGGGACCGAGUGGCAGCCUUCAAGCGUUACAUCGCCGACCUGGAGCGACGGGGUGGCGGCAGGGAGGUCCCCGACUUCCCCCGCGGUGCGGACUGGCUCAACAGCGCCCCGCUGCGGCUGUCCGGGCCGCCCUCGUCGCGUGGCAGCCUGGCGGGGCGGGUGGUGGUGCUGGACUUCUGGACCUACUGCUGCGUCAACUGCAUGCAUGUGCUGCCGGACCUAGCCCAGCUGGAGUCCCAGUUCGCGGGCGCCCCGGUUGCGGUGGUGGGGGUGCACAGCGCCAAGUUCGACAACGAGCGGGACAGUUCUGCCAUCCGCGCUGCCGUACUGCGGUACGACAUCAGCCACCCGGUGGUCAACGACGCGCGCAUGGCCCUGUGGGGGGCGCUGGGUGUGUCGGCCUGGCCCACCCUGGCGGUGGUCAGUCCGCGGGGGCGACUGCUGGCCAUGCUGUCUGGCGAGGGGCACCGCCAGGACCUGGAGGACCUGCUUACCGCGGCGUUGCAGUACUAUUCCGAGGCGGGGCAGCUGGACGGCUCCACACCCCUGCCGCUGGACCCGGAGAGGAACAAGCAGGCCCCCUCCUCCCUGCUCUCCAGCAGCCCGCUGCGCUACCCGGGCAAGCUGGCAUGCGACCCGGCGGGUGGGCGGCUCUUCAUCUCCGACUCCAAUAACCACCGCAUACUGGUGACCGACCUGAGCGGCGGCUUCAUACAGCAGAUCGGAGGCAACGGUCCCGCCCUGCGCGACGGCUCCCUGGACAGCGCCUGCUUCAACCGGCCGCAGGGGCUGGUGUUCAGCGCCGCUCGCAACGCGCUGUUCGUGGCGGACACGGAGAACCACGCGGUGCGCUGCUGCGAUCUGGCUGCGGGGACGGUGGUGACGCUGGCGGGUAACGGCAGCAAGGGAGGGGACUACCGGGGCGGUCGGAGCGGCUCGGCGCAGCCGCUCAACUCGCCCUGGGACGUGGAACUUGAUGAGCGAGAGGAGAACCUUUACAUAGCGCUGGCAGGGCAGCACCAGAUCUGGCGACUGGAGCUGGGACAGACCCGUGGGUCGCCAUCCGCUUCUUCCUCCUCCUCCUCCACCUCCUCGGGCAUCGGCGCCGCAGCGCUUUUCAGCGGCACGGGUUCGGAGCGCAACCAGAACGGCCCCACUCCGCUGACCACCAGUUGGGCGCAACCCAGCGGCCUGUCACGGGCGCGAGACGGCAGCGGACUCAUGUACGUGGCCGACUCCGAGUCCUCCUCCGUGCGAGUGGUGGACCUGGCCAGCGGCGCCAGCGGGCCAAAGGCAGGGGGGGACCCGCUGUUUUCAGACAACCUCUUCAGGUUCGGCGACAAAGACGGCUUUGGAGCUGAAGCGUUACUGCAGCACCCACUUGCCGUACUCAGCUCUGCCGACGGUUCCGCUGUCUACGUUGCGGAUUCGUACAACCACCGAAUCAAGGUGCUCAACCCAAAUACCAACGAGCUCGUGACCCUGGCGGGAAGCGGUGUCGCCGGCUUCAGAGACGGGGUCGGCACGGAGGCCCAGUUCUCGGAGCCUGCGGGGCUGUGCCUGGGCCCUGAGGGCGUCAUUUUUGUAGCAGAUACGAACAACAACGCCGUACGGAUGUUGGAUCCGACGUCACGACGCGUAACGACGCUUACGUUGCGCGACGUACCUGCGCCCAGGGUGGAUCCGCUGAUGACGGUUGCGUCUGCGACCCGUGGGUCUGCCGGCGACGGCAACAUCGCAAAUGGCAGCAACUCGCCACCACCGCCACCAGGAUUCCAGGUGGUUCGCUCGCAACGACCAUUGGUGAUUGGCGGCGGUGGCAGCAGCGCUAGCGGGUCGUUGACAGUUACAGUUGCCCUGCCGAGCGGUUAUCACCUAACGGCGGGCGCUGGCAGCAGUUACUACACUCAGGUGGUAGCGUCUGGCAACAAUGGCGCUACGGCAGCUAACGUCACCUCGGUCGCCGUAAGCCCUGCCAGUGGCCUGCUCCCAGAUACCGCAGCGCCAAGUGUAACGCUCACAGUCCAACCGACAACCGCUUUCCCAGCUCUAACUGCAACACCCCGGCCGCCACUGCUGCUCCGGGUGCUGUCAAAAGUGUACUACUGCCAGUUGAACGAUGUGUGCCUGUUCGAGCAGGUGUGCUUUGAGGUGCCGCUGCAGCUGGGGGCAGCAGCAGCAUCAGCAGCCGGCGGCGGCGGUGGAGGGGCCGCGGGGCAGGCGGCUGUGGACCUGAGGUACGAGGUGCUGCCUGCGACACAACCGACAUUUGUGCUACAAUGAUGGCGCCAGUACCGGGCGCCUGGUGACCUUGAGGAGAGAGGGAGUGUGACGCAAGUGGCGCAACUGACGCCCAAGGGAUAUGAGUCGUGAUCCUGCCAGGGGCUUGAUUUUGGUUGAAGGCUGCUUUCGAGCGCGAAAAACCAGGCUCCAACCAAAAGCAGGUAGGUAUGUGAGUGCUACAGGGGAGUCAGGGGUUAGGGUCGCACUUUCAGGGUGUACUGGAUACCGGUAUGCCGUACCUUCUUGUAGACAUCGCGCAGCGCCGCGUUGUAAACAGACUUGUAAUAGGCUUGAAGGAGCUGUAUUAUUAUCGGUUUGGCAUUAAUCAAGCUGGCCCAGCUGGGGGUCACAGGCGGACUAGUGACUACUAGCCGUGACAGGCUUAAGCAUCCUGUCUGCAGAACGGAACCACGGAUGUCAAUAAACCGUUUGGUAUCCGUUUAUUGAUGUCCCGGACAUCCCAUUGAGAACGCCUCUAUUAGGCAGCUGUAGUACCGGUAAUUGAAGCAACAUCCUUGUCCUUAGCCACUUAGCUUGCUCCGUAUUUUCCUAUCAUAUAUAGGAAAACGUGUAUACAAGGUUUGCAGGAACCUAUGCGUUAACAAGGAUCGGCCCGGGCAGCAUUGAUUGACUCAUAACCUGAUCAGGCCGACAAGAAUAUGUCGCACUUGAGUCGUACAGGCUCCCCUGUGUUGUUUUGUUUUAUCAUUAAGGCGUGGUAAUCCGUUGUGCAACGCAUUAAAGUUUACACACAGUCUCUGGCUGUGAUACGACUCAUCACGGGUAGCCAUACCUGCACAUCACGGGUCCUAACGCCGCAGGGCAUUUACCGCUUGAACUAUCUUCCCGAAACGGCAUAAAAUAUAUGCUGCAAGCAUGGGC